AUAAAACAACAAACGAGCAAAUUUGCGGUGCGCCAAAUGUUAAAUUCGCGCGACAUCGCCCACUUCCGGCUCAAGACAACAUGGCGGCCGUCGGUGACUUGUAAACAUCGGCAUUCGGAUUUCUGCUUCGAAAUAGGCGAAUUCAAACACCGCUUGUUUAAACGCGAGAUGAUCCAUGUCUGCUGAGGUAAGGACGGGAUAAUUGGCCGCGUUUAACUUAAAAGUCCCUCACUGGAGUCGAACUCGCAUUUCGUAUGGGACGGACAAUUUUAUAAGCACGUGUCCCAUUUAAAAAGGUGAGGCCAGCAAUAUAAUUCGGAUCUGCCAAUCGUUCAAGUAUCACGUGACCGGCAAAUAUUCCCAAAACUUCUACUUCUGGGUCAUCGUCUUUGCGAGUACUGUGGCGAGAAGAUAGAUAACGGGGAAAACGCAGCGUUUCUCUUCCGCAUCUUCGGAAAAGCGACAACGCUGCUUCUUUUGCUCGUCACACGCUGCCUUGUUCCUCGCCGCAGUCCGGCGGUGACCUCGGCAUUGCUGAGACGGAUCCGAUCACCCGGAGGACAGUCAAGUCAUGGAGAAGUUUGGAAUGAGUUUCGGGGGAGGUCCCAGCAGAAAAGAGCUGUUGGAAACGGUCGAGUCCCUGAAGAAGCAGCUGGCGCAGUACCAGAGCCGCUUCAAGGAUGUGGUCCAAGCGUACAAGAGUUUGAUGAAGGAAAAGGAGGCCCUGGAGGCCAGUCUCAAAGUCUUGAGCACGUCGCAGUUUGCAGAUGUCAACCGCUGCGAGCGGCCCGCCCUCCUUCAGGACGGCGCGCGAGCGGGCGCCGACGCGGCCGAGGAAGAUGCGGCAGAAGGGGCGAGUACCUGCGGGUCGGAAGCCGGCGGCGCCGCGGCCGCUCGCGACGGGCAAGCGGAACGCAGAGAGCUUCAGUUGAAGGCCCAAGUGGGCACGCUCACCGCCGCCCUGGCCACCGUGACGCAAGAGAAGUCGCGCAUGGAGGCCAGCUUCCAGGCCGAUAAGCGCCAACUCAAGCAGGAGGCGGACGACCUGCGGGAGCGCCUCGCCGCGACGAGCGCGCGGCAGCAGGCCGAGGUCGGCGGCCUCCAGAUGCAGCUGGCGGAGAGCCGCGCUCGCGUCAUCACGCAGCAGCACGAGCGCGAGCGGGAACAAAGCCAGCAGCUGCGGCAGCUGCAAGAGCUGCAAAAGGUCCUGCAGCAGGAACGAGACCUGCGACAGGACACGGAGCUGCGCCUCCACGAGGCCAACGCCAGCGGUCUCGCGGCGGCGCACGCCGCCGACCGCCAGGUGGAGUUGGAGGCGCUCUUGAGGCAGGCGGGCGAGGAGCGCGACGAGCUGAGGCGGAAGCUGCGGUCGGCGCGGGAGGAACGAGACGAAGCGGAUCCCGGGCUGGAGCUUCUUCAGCGGGAGCUGAGCCAGCUCAAGAAGAGCCUCCAGGACCAGAUCUGCAACCACAACCGCAAGCUGCGUCAGGAGGAGGCGCGCGCCCACGCCGCCGAACUCCGGGUGGGCGGUCUGGAGCAGCGGGUGUCGGAGCUCUCGGACCUUCUGGGUUCUUGCGAGAAGGCGAGGCAGCGAGAGCAGCAGGUGGCUCAGAGACUUCGGGAACGGAUGGCGCAGUCGGACGCCGAGAAUCAAACGCUGGCCUCCGGCGGGUCCCCGGACGACUCCCAGCCGGACACGACGGCCCUGAAGGACAAGUUGGAGAAGGUGAAGGAGUUGCUGCUGCUGGCCGCUCAGAGGAACCCGCCGAGCGAGCCGGAACCCGACGAGGAGCUGCGGCGGCUAAAGGACGAGUUGGAGCGCUACAAGCUCGGGGCCAAGGCGGCGUCCAAGAAAAGCCACGGCGACGGCAGCUACGCGUCCCGCGAGCUGGAGGAGGCCCGCGAGCAGUUGGCCGACCUGCGGGAGAAGUACGUGGGCUUGCGCGUGGAGAGCGACAAGUCGGCGGCCGCUCAGCGCCACGCGCUGCAGCAGCAGCAGCGGCGCGCGGCCGAGCUGCUGCGCCGCCAGCGCCAGGAAGCCGAGCGCAGGGAGGCCACUCACCGCGACGAGCUGAUGCGUCUGGAAGCCGAGCUGCACAAACAGCGGGAGAGGACGCUGGCGCUCCUGGACGAAAAGGAGCGGGAGAUGGAGCUCCUGCGAGUCUCCGCCCCCGGCCCCCUCUCUGCGCCGGGAGUGACGGAGGGGGAGGACGAGGACGAGGACGAGGGGGAGCGUCAGGCGGAGGGCCCGGGACGAGCCCCGCGGCAGGGCGAGCCCGCGCCGCUCCUGUACGCCGAGCAGCUGGCCCGAAAGGACGCGGAGACGGCGGGCCUGAGGCGGCAGAAGCGCCAGCUGGAGGACGACGUCCACCGGCUGCGCCGCAAAUUGGCGGCCGGCGCCCAACGCCACGACGACGAAAGCCGCGCGCUGCGGGCGCAGCUGGACGAGCUGAUCCGCGAGCAGAAGCGGGAGGGCUCCGACGUGGAGUACCUGAAGAACGUCAUCUACAGGUUCCUGACGCUGCCCGACGCCGGCGGCAGGCGGCAGACGCUCAACGCCAUCCUCGCCAUCCUUCACUUCAGUCCGCAGGAGAAACAGUCGGUGCUCCGGCAGCAGGGGGCGCCGUGGUGGAGCGGCCACAAAAGAUGACCGCGUGGAACCCGUUGACUCCUUCUCUUUUCUUUGUA